AUGUUUGCUCUCUAUCUGACAGCUGACUUGCAAGGGGUCACCAACUUGCGUCCUGAUGAUACUCAAGACAACCCUUUUUGGUACAUGUUCAAGGUUCAGUGUACUUCUUGCCGAGAGACUCACUCAAACUAUGUUGGAGUCAACCGUUUUGAGACCAAUGAGAUGAGUGGAAGCCGAGGAGAAGCCAACUUCGUGUGGAAGUGCAAGAACUGCAAGCGAGAGUCGUCUGCGUCUGUCAAGUCCGGACCUGCAGCUUAUGAACAGACUGAGCCUGCCAAGGCCCAGAAGAUCAUUGAAUUCGACUGCCGAGGUCUCGAAUUUGUUGAGUUCAAGGCAGAGUUUACAGCCAUCGAUUUGGAAGAGGGCGAAUGGUUUGAGUAUGAUGAGAAGUCUAACGAAGAAGUGAGCAUUAAUGAGAUCAAGUGGGAGGUUCGCCGCUCGUAG